AAAUUUUUGAGGUUAGAACAAGACUUCAACAUUGCAAAUCCAGAAGAAAAUCCAAGAAGCAGCUUUCUUCCGAAGCUGCUCAUUCAGCAGUAAAGGGUAAAUUUUGAAAAAAACACUACCAUUCACUCAACUGGUUUUAGUACAUCUCUAAUUUUGAAAAAUUAAAAUAGAUUUGGCACCCUGAGUAUCCCUUACUGAAGAACAAGUGCUUUUACUUCCUGUCGGCCUUCAGUUCCUAUUCUUUCGUGAAUUGGGAGUUGGUUUUUCACUUUCAUGAAUUGAAGCAAUUUCUGUGACUGCAAACAGAGAAACAAGGGCAUCAUUCCUGCAUUUUGGAGAGCUAUGUGAUCACUAUCUGACGCCAUUGCUGAGCAUAAAAUUCCAAUGACUGAGGUUAACAUUCUAAGGAAACGGACUCCAGGUGGGUCUGUCACCCUGAAAGACCAGCAUUCAUCAAGUGCCACCAAAAAUGAUGACCUUCCCUCUACAUCAGAUUCCUCCAAACGAAUGAAAAUAGAGUCGGAAGAAAUGGAGGAAAGUGACACGAACAGUGGCAGAUUGGACACAAGUUGUGAUUACACAAAUGAGUCACAAAUUGAAGAAGAGCCAACAUCAGAGGAAUCGUUUAUUGUCGUGCAUUUAGACAUUGAAGAACCAUUGUAUAAAUUGAGGAGAUUAGUGGAAGAAAAAGUCAGUGUGAGCCUCUCUGACUGUGGAAUUUGGCUUCUAGAUAAUCAGCAACUAGAUGAUGAAAAGAAUUUAGUGGAGCAAGGUGUAGAAGGAGAUGGAAUGGUACAAAUGCAUGUUGAAUUAAAACUUGAGGAUGAAGUAAAAAAAAUAAAUAUAAUAGAUGUUUUGAAGCCUGCUGAAGAAUAUUUGAACAUGGAUAACGGAUCUGAUGACGUAGAUGAAGCAAGCAAUUCAGAUUUAGAAGGCGUGGAGGAUAAAGAUCAAGAAGUUGUUCGCUGGGUAGUAGAUCCACAGUUUAAAAGAGAAAGGAUGGAAUUGAACAUACCUGAAGAUCCAAACCUAUGGAAUCCUUUGCAUGUUGGAUUCUGGUUGCAAUGGGCGAUGAGGAAAUUCAAUUUGUCAGGCAUUGAUAUGAGAGACUGGAACAUAAAUGGUCAAGACCUGUGCAAGAUGAACGUAUCAGAGUUUCAUAAGAGAGUUCCUAAUGAUCCUGGUGAUCUGUUUUGGACUCAUCUGGAACUAUUGCGUAAAUGCAAACUAGUCGCUGUCACACACGCAAUACCUGAACUUAAACCUGUUGCAAGAGCCAAGAAAACUUGUGCAAAGAAACCAUUAGAUAAUGACAUCAUAAAUUCAAGACCUCCAGUGCUCUCCAAACCUCGAAUAGUUCUUCAGAAAGCGGAAGAAGCAUUCAGUCUUCCCUCUCCAAACCGUUCAGGCAAUAACGGUCAGAUACAACUAUGGCAAUUUUUACUGGAAUUAUUAACUGACUGGAAGCAUGUGGAUAUCAUUCGAUGGCGCGGUGCAAAAGGUGAAUUCAGAUUUGUGAAUCCAGAGGAAGUUGCAAGGCUGUGGGGACAAAAGAAGCAUAAGCCAACUAUGAAUUAUGAAAAAUUGAGCCGUGCUUUGCGUUAUUACUAUGAAGGUGACAUGAUAUCAAAGGUUCAGUCAAAAAGGUUUGUUUAUAAGUUUGUCUGUAACUUGAAGGAUAUUAUUGGAUACGAUGCAAAAGAAUUAAGGAAUCUUGUGACAGAAUGUGCAGCACAACAUGGUAAAGUAAUAAAUUACAGUCCAGAAGAUUUGAUGGAUCUCUGAAAAUAUUUCAUGAUAAUGAAGUAUGUAAUUGAAAUCGUGCUUUCUCAUGUUAACUUUCAAUUAGAUUGUACUUAUGUAGUCUCCUCGCUCCAUGCCCUUGUAAGCAAUUGUUUGCUCAGGUCUAGAUCUGUCUCCACUCUUACCUAAGUCUUAUAUGUAGGUAUUAUUAAGUACAAAAUGACUGGAUGAAACAUUAUGGAAACUUAUGAAAGUAAUUUUUGACAAUACAUAUGACAUAGUGUGGUGAGAGAACUAUAAAUAUAACAGGAAAGCAAGCACGGAAAUUUCCAAUUGGAAGUUUGCAGAAAAAAGUGUCAAUUGGCUCAUGACAGCAGAAGAUACUGUUGCCUGGCAGACAAGUGCAGACUUACUGUGCUUUCACAACUUUUUUUUCCAUCAAAUAAAAAGACUUUGGCUGUUUUUACUGAAUCAUUUAGAUCAUUUAAAGUAGAUUAAUGACAAUUUGAAGAAAA